GUCUUGGGCUGUCUUUGAUUUGGGUAUGGAAAUGGAGAAAUUGAAGCAGACUUACAACAUUCUCCAUGUGGAAACCUUUAAUUCAGAGAAAAAACGAAGUGGGGUUUUGGUUAAGAAAAACGCUGAUAACACCAUUCAUGUCCAUUGGAAAGGUGCUGCGGAGAUGAUACUAGCUAUGUGUUCAAAUUAUUACGAGAGUGAUGGGGAAGUAAGAUUGAUGGAUGAAGACGCAAGGAGCGCAAUGGAGAAGAUAAUUGAGGGCAUAGCAGCUAGUAGCCUUAGAUGCAUUGCUUUUGCUCACAAGCAAGUUUUAGAAGAAGAAAGAGAAGGCAAUGAUGACCAAGGAAACUGUGGCAGAAGGAUUGAAGACGAAGGAUUAACCCUCCUAGGGAUAGUUGGCCUCAAGGAUCCAUGUCGGCCAGGGACCCAAAUGGCAGUGCAUGCUUGUAAAUUAGCAGGGGUGAGAAUAAAAAUGAUCACCGGAGACAACGUUUUCACUGCAAAAGCUAUAGCCACAGAAUGCGGAAUUUGAGGAGCGGAUUAUAAGGGAGAAGAUGGAGAAGUUGUAGAAGGUG